AUGCUUAAAAACAUUACGACAAAUAAGAGCCUUGUCGACAACAACGGAUCAAUAGAAAAUGAAGAAUUGCGAGGUUUUCUCAAGGAUUUGUUAGAAUUAGUUAAAAAGGAUUACGAUGCGGCGGAUUUAGAAGAAUUCGAAGAAACCAUUCUUCAGGGUGUCGAUUACAAUCAAGAUGGUAAAAUAAACAGAAAAGAAUUAACAAUGAUUCUUCUCGCACUUGCCAAACAUUCGUCGGAAGAAGAAACAAAUAAAUAA